AUGCUGAAAAAAACUGUCAAGUAUCACAUUGAACGCGUGGUGAUGCGGGUGUCGGAUAUUCCCCAAAAAACUCAAAGUACCGUGGUGAGCAACCUCCAGAUCGGGCAGAUUCCCAAAGUAAUGUUCGUCGGAUUCCUGGAAAGCGAUGAUUUUCACGGCAGCCUCAAAACUAAUCCCUUCAACUUUCAACAUUUCAACAUUACGCAGAUCAGUGUGGAGGUGGACGGUCAGAGCUAUCCAACAAAACCUUACACUGCCGACUUUGGGCGUUCGCAGUCGCUGGAGUGCUACGAUGGUUUACUGGACACCCUGGGCCACCGAACGCAUCCUCAAAACAGCGUCAAUUUCAAUCGGACCGCUUAUAACAAUGGCUACACGUUCUUUGGCUUUGACCUGACACCGGGACAUACUGGAAAAGGACCGCUCACUUUGGUGAAACAGGGCAAUUUAAGCGUGUCGGUCAGCUUUGAGAAGCCUCUGGAUAAAACAGUCAUGAUGGUCGCCAUGUUGGUGUACGACAGCAUUAUUGAAAUAAACCAGCAUCGCCAGUUGAUUGCGGACUUUUCAACAUGA